UAUAAAUUGCUCCAAAACCCUCCCUUCUCAUUUUCAGCACAACACCGACCAACCCUUCUUCACAUACAUACUUGUCCUUUGCUGACCAUUUUACUUUCUCGAUUCUUUGAAACAAUUCUUCUUGGUUUUUAACUUAAUUCAUGUUUUAAACUUUUAUUACACAUCAAAACAACAAGAUUAAAGCUAAUAGUUUGGUGGGGUUUUUUUCAAUUGGGAUUAUCUUAUAAAAAGCUGAUUAAAGAAUCCCAUAAAAAAACUAUCGAGAGAAUGAAGGCUAGUCUCGAUAUGCCAAAGGGGGAUAUGGAAGCACAGGCUUGUCAUUCUGGUUGGGACAGUAAAACUGUAACCGAACUUGCAGAACUUCUAUCAGAUGUUUUACAUACAUGUUUUAAUAAUGCUAUAAAACGGAUAGUUGAAAGUGGGUACAGCAAGGAGGUUGCAGAGACCAUGGUUUUAAGAUGUGGUCCUUUUUAUGGCAUCAAGGACAUGGUGUCAUCUAUAGUGGAUCGGUGUUUGGACUGUUUAAAAAACACAGAAUGUCACGAUCCUACAUUCUAUAUGUUUGAUGAUAUAGAUAGAAUGGUGGAGUAUAUGAUGUUAGAGAUGGUGACUAUACUUUUAGAAAUUAAACCAUCUUUGUCCGUCCACGAAGCAAUGUGGACUUUGUUGAUAUGUGAUUUAAAUGUAAUUGAUGCAACUGAUGCAGACUUAGACCUUCAGAAAUUUUCGGUUGGAGGUCUUAAAGCCGUUCAAGAAGAGGGCACGUCUGCAAAAAUCGAGCCUGAAGCCCCAUCUGAAUCUGAAUUUCGAGACCAAGAGACCAUAGCCUCGAGCGUUGGCCAUCUAGCCUCCAGUUCUGGCAAAAUAAAUAAAGACAACUGUCAAUGCUGUAAAAAUUGCCCGCCAGGGCACAAAAGAGACGGCAGUCGACGGAAGCUGUUACAAUUUGAAAAGCCUUACAAGGGACAGAGGUCAAAAAAAGCCCUAAAGGCAGAACUUGCUAGCUGGCGUGUUUUGACUACACGAAAACGUUCGACGUCUGGGCCGUCUUCUGUAAAUAUGAUUGACUCAUCUUUACCCUUGAAGGAAACCACUGAGACACCAAAGGUGACGCCGAAGUCUGAAACGGUCCCUCCGAAUCAUAAAACGGCUGAGUACUAUUUGGCAGGAAUCCCAUAUGAUGAAUUGAAGGGUGAGCACGUGCCACAAGAUGACAAGGAUAAAAUGAUACUGGCGGCAGUUGGUCAACUUCGAUCGUUACAGAAAGAUCUUAAAAGCUGGGACGAUUGGGCGAAUUUGAAGGUUAUGCAGGUAGCCAAGAGGCUUAGCCAAGAUCGACCCGAGCUUAAUAAGUUGAAGUUUGAAAAGCAGGAAGCCGAAAGGUUAAAGAAAGAUAAGCAGGCUAUGGAAGAGAAUACAAUCAAGAAGUUAGCAGAAGUAACAGCUUCUUUGAAUGCCACUAAUUAUAAUACUGAGAUGGCUAGUGCAGCUAUUGUUAGGCUAGAGUCCGAAAAAGCAGUCCUUAAAGAGGAAAAGGAAAAAGCUGAAAACCGAAGCUCAAAUGAAACUAAAAAUUUGGAAGAAGCUCUGCGCAAAGAAAAGGAAGCUCUGAAGAAGUCUGAAUCUUAUGGAGCUGAAAAUAACUUAUUCGAGGAAGAACUCAAAUCACUGAAACGGAAAGCGGGUCCAAUGCAAGGGGACCUAGAAAAGGCCAAACGCCUUUUUAAAGAUACAGAGACUCGAUUGGCAAACGAGCAAAGGGAGACUGCCAAAUUUCUUCACCAAGCUGUAUCUAUAAGGAAUGAAAGGAAACAUCUUGACUCAUUGGCCAAAGCAAAGAGAAAGAUGGAUGCACAAAAGGCAGAGAAAGACAUAAAGAAAUUUGAAAGUGACCUAAAGAUGAUUCAGUAUGAGAUUGCGGAAUUUAAGUUGGAGGCGGAGACACAGAAAAUUGCAGCAAUGCGUAAGGGCAUGAGCUGGCAGCCUUCUGAAGGGACUUCACUGCCAGAAGUUUCUACUGAGUCCACAUAUGCGAAAACGAGCCUACAGAAGGAUCGCGAGUGUGUGAUGUGUUUGACACAUGAGAUGACCAUUGUGUUUGUUCCGUGUGGGCAUCAGGUUCUCUGUGCUGAAUGCAAUGUGAUCCAUGAGAAGAAGGGCAUGUUGGAGUGCCCGUCUUGCAGGACCCCUAUUCAAAAGAGGAUUGCUUCUCGUUUUGCCAAAUGCUAAUGAGCGCCUGGGGCAAAACAGCUAAUUUUUGGUUGUUUCUUUCUUAAAGUUGAUGUUGUUGCAUUUGGGGAGUAACUAGUAUAUCCGGGUAGCCCAUUUACUUACUGGGUUAAAUGCAUUUUUAGUGUUUCGGGUUAAAGAAAUAGAUAGAAGAUUGAUACUGGGGUAUAGCAGUGGCCAACUUAGGGGCUCUUGAGAUAGCAAACUAGAAAAUGUAAAUUCAGCUUUUUGAUCAUCUGGUAGAAGUUAAUAUAUUGGCCCCAAUAAUUUGCUUA